CGACACCGGGGAGGGAACACGUCAGCGAACAGCCUCGGUCGGUCAGAACCGAAAGGUCCCGAGGAGAAGAGGUCCGAGGAGACCGGAUCAGACCAGAGACCGGAUCAGACCGGAUCAGACCAGAGACCGGAUCAGACCGGAUUCGACCGGAGACCGGAUCAGACUGGACCGAGACACGGACUCGGUUUGACUCGGUUUGACUCGGCUUCGUUCGCUUCCGCUCCGGAAACAAAGACAUCAAGUUUCAUCCUCAUCAGUUUAUUUUCUGAUGAAGAGUUCCGGUUCGGUUCCGACCUGGUCCACAUCUCGUCUGUUGUCAGUCUGAGGAGGAACCGACAAGACAAGACGAAGACCUGAAGAACUGAUCCACAGAGUCCGGACCAGUUCACUUCAGACCGGAUCAGUUCAGACCGGAUCCACUUCAGAUCCACUUCAGACCGGAUCCACUUCAGAUCCACUUCAGACCGGAUCCACUUCAGUUCACUUCAGACCGGAUCCACUUGAGUCCAGACCAGAUUGAGAUGAGUGUGGGCGUGGCCACGGCCAGAUCUCAGCUGUGUCUGAAGAGGCUAUUGGACGAGCCCCCGGACCAGUCACUGAAAUGUAAACGAGCCCGUCUGGCCCCGCCCCCUCUGGCACCCGGCUUGUCGCCCUGCCUCAGGCCCCGAAGCCACACCCCCAAGUCCGGCCAAAGCCAAUCGCCGUCAAGAGUGGGACCGUACUUCCUGUUUGAGCCCUGUGAGGGGGCGGAGACUUACAGGGCCGUGCACGUGCACAUGCAGCAGCAGUACACGUGCCAGGUGCUCCAGCUGCGUAGUCACCAGGAGCAGCUGACUGCGUAUGCCCGGGUCGGUCACCAUGACAAUGUCUGCGUCCCGCAGGACGUGGUGAUUGGCCGGGACAGGGUGUACGUCUUCCUGCCCGGUCACCAUGGCGACAUGCACGCGUACGUGCGCGGCAAAAAGCGCCUGGGCGAGGAGGAGGCGGGGCUUCUGUUCGCUCAGAUGCUGAGUGCCGUCGCGCACUGCCAUCGUCACGGCGUCGUCCUGAGAGACCUGAAGCUGCGCAGGUUCGUCUUCACCGACAGAUACAGGACUCGCCUGGCGCUGCUCGGCCUGGACGACUGCGUCCUCCUGCACGGUAACCAUGACGACGAUUCUCUGACGGACAGACACGGCUGCCCCGCCUACGUGGGCCCCGAGCUGCUGACCACCGGGAGCGGGUCGUACUCGGGCCGCGCUGCCGACGUGUGGAGCCUGGGUGUGUCCCUGUACACCAUGCUGAUCGGAUGGUACCCGUUCCAGGACACGCAGCCCGCCGCGCUGUUCGCCAAGAUCCGCCGUGGCGCCUACAGCCUGCCGGACGGGCUGUCGCCGCGCGCCAAGUGUCUGAUCGGCUGCAUGCUGAGGAGGUCGCCCGGCGAGAGGCUGGAGGCGUCCGAGCUGCUGGUGCACCCUUGGCUGACCAACCCCCGCACGCCACAUCACCACGGUGUGCACAAGACGCAUCACGCCGCACACACACCGGCUCAGAACACACAGGAGGGCGAUGAGCAGGUGGUCCCCACGUGGACUCAAAAACACUAACACACACACACGACUCUGCUUCUAUACUUGUGAGGACUGACACUAAUCUGAAACAACUUAAUAAAGUUAAACUCUGAACAACUGGUCCUCACAAAGACAGACAGUCUGAUCCUGGAUUACUUGACCCUCACGUGCCUUCCUCCUCGCUCUGUAGCUCCGCCUCCUCCUUGACCUCACGUGCUCCUCGUCUUCCACACAGGACUCAUCACAGAGGUGAUGGUGUGUUCAGGUGCUGCUGUAAUACAGAGACUUCUGUCUGUAACACAAACUGACCCUCGGGGAUAAUAAAGUUGACCAUGACCGUGACCUCAUCCAAGUUUCUAAUCUAGAAAAGUCUGAUCUGAGACUUUUGAAAAAAGUUCUGAAAAUCAGAAUGAAUCUGUCUGAUAUUAAAAUAUCAAAGUGUCCAGAGUUUAUAAUAUUUCUCAGGAUCGGAGCUUCAUGUUCCAACGUUUAUCCUGAAUCAAAAAUCUCAAAUCAUUUCUCUUCUUUUUAUCAAAUUCUUUCAUAGUUUCCUCGUGACAUGACGUCAUCACUGUAACUAUUAUUCUUCUGAAGGACAGAAGUGGUUCUGAUUGACUGUCGGCAACGACCCGACAGUAGAAUCAAACCUCAGAGUCUUUUCACUGAGCGACUGAGCUGCAGAAUAAAGAAACGUUUCACAAA